GUAGAAAAGUCUGGAAGGUUGUGGUUGGUGGUUUGUCAAAAAUUCCCACGAGCGACGCUGUGCAGUACAUGCAACAUUGUCUACACCAUUAUUUUUUCUACUUUCAACAGUACUCAGUCAGCGCACGAACCCCGCUGCGGCCCGGCUGACAACGACAUGUAAGGCCCUACGCUGCAGCCGGCACCAGCAUGCCCGUGACCGUCUCGGGGGAAGUGGGCGGCAGCCUCCAAAGCGAGCUGCAGGAGAUAUUCGAGCACCUGGCGUCCUCCCUCCCCUAUUCUGAGUAAAAACGGGCCCACCCCAGAGUUGUCAUGCAAAAUCUGCAUGCCAAAAAAUAGAAAUUUUCUCAUGCAGACCCCAUGAGAAGCAUUGUCUAAUCAUGUUUUGGAGUUUGUGAUACUAGAAUGAGCAUGAUGUGCGGGAUCUGUGAUGCUGCUGCACUAAGAAAAAAGGACUACACUAUUGGGGCAAACUUGUCAUGCGAAACAACCACAGCUGGUUGACUUGUCUAGCAGAUUUCCCAUCUUGAUGACCCUGGUGUGGGGACAGUUUUCCCCACGAUACCCCCGAUGACUUCCACACCACGACCGCCCAACAGGCGCUGGCCGCAGCCAAGGGGGACGAGGACGAAGCGGGUUCGGUGGAGGAGCACCGGCGACGGCUGGUCGAGAAGGAGAUUUUUCUGCAGCUCGGCAAAAAACUGGUCGUCAACUCGGGUUACAGCUGCUACGACCUCGUGGGCCCGCUGUUUCAGGUGGAGCUGCACCAGGAAUUUCAACGCGAAGUCGCCAUCACGACCAGCAACAUCGAGCAAAACGCCCCCGUGGAGGAGGAAAACACGGAGGAAGGGGAAGAAACUGCCGGCGCGGCGGAGAACGCAGACGUAGAUGCCGCGGCGGGAGAGCAGGAGGUGGCCGUGGCCGGGACGGAACAAACGUCCACCCAGAUCUGCAUGCGGACCAAGAUGCAGAGCAUUUUCCAAGAGCCGAAAUACGCAGCCAUGAUGCGAAAUGACGACCUCCGACCCUUCUACUGCAGUGGCGCCAAGCAGUCGAAACGACAACAGUACGUCUGAGAAUUUCGGGUUGAUGAGGUUUGUCUCUCGCCUGCGAAAUUCACUUCGAUGAACUUGUGUUUUCCGCAUCACAAUUUCUCAUUCACUGUGGUUAUAGAGAAAUAUCUUCAACUGAUGAUGUUCCAGGCGCCAAAGGGAAGAAUACGCGGGCGUCGGUUUGAAGCGACUGACGGGGAACAUGGCAAGUAUCAAGAAGGAGUUCUACCGGCUGUUCUCGCACUUUGCGAUUGAGUCAAAAGCGAUCCAUUAUCCUGAGUAAAAACGUCCCCACCCCAUAGUUGUCAUGCAGAUUUGCGACCACAGGAAGAUUUGUAAUGCGCAUCCCCAUGUGAAGCAUUUUCAAUCGUGUUUUGGAAUUUGUAAUGCUGGAAACAGGAUGAGACAAUGGAUUUCUGAUGCGGCUUCCCUUGCCAACCAGCACUACACUGCAGAGGGAAAGUUGUCAUGCACAGCUCCCAAAACUUGGAGAUUUGUGUCCCUAGAUUCCCAACUUGACUAUGGGGUGGGGAUGUUUUUGCACAGGAUAUCCAUCCAGAGCUGUUCAUGUUUCAGGACGAGUCGGAAUUGGACGCGAAAACGGUACUUGUUAAUUUUGGGGUUUUUAUUUGUCAUGCUGGGUCGGAAAGAGAGUUUUUUUGUCAUGCUGGAUGGGAAAGUAAGAGGGAUUGAAUUUGAUUUUGAAUCGUUUCAAAAUUUAUUCCAGAUACAACCCAUCAACCAAGUUUUGACGCAAACGAUGCUGCGGUAUGAAAGUGCACAACUCCCCCUCCCCCUCAUUUGGAUGGCAUCCGCAGCAACACAAGUCCUGGCAGCACACAUGCAGCUUUUGCAUGACAAAUUUACGACUGAUUGUAGUGCUGUUUCGGCUUCGGGAAUCUGUCAUGCAUAGUAGUGGCACAAGGCAGAAGGUGGAGUUGGUGUUAUGCAUGAGAAAUGAGAACGAGGGGGAGUUGUGCACUGUCAUAUGCGGUUCCGCGGUGACGUGACGCGCGUGAACGACCCGGCGAGCGGUGUGCUGGUGUAUGAGGAUGAGUUUGCCCUGUACUCCGCGCUGGACAUUCUUGUGACCAAAACCCCGGCCCUGCGCAAAGCGGACUGCUACCUCGUGCGGAUCGACGACCCCAACAGCAAAAUCGUAACCAGUUCGAGGCACCGCGGGCACGGGGGCAGCGUGGACGGCGGAUCCUCCACUUUCGGCGGUACCACGACAACGAACUCCCUAUCCCUGGCGCACAACCCGAUGCACCAAACGUCAACGGAAAAUCUCGCACAGCAGCGCAGCCCCGGGGGACGGGAGGAGGAGAGUUCCAUGCUGUUCGACGCGUCGAAGCAAGAGACCAUGGGAACAAGCAAAACGCUGGCGGGGGGGAACUCCUACGGUACGCUGGCGAAGAUGCAGAAGCAGAAGGGGCUGAUAAGGAACCCCGUGCACAAAACCGCGCCCGGGCUGGGGUUGACGCAGGAACCACAACCGACGAGGAGUCAGCUGGACUCGACGUACCAAAAUAUGGACCCCGCAGAGCUGGACUCACCCGGAGACGAAGGCUUUGAAGUAGCGGGGUUGGGAGGUAAUAAAUAAGAGUGGAUUUUUGUAUUGCAUACCAUGUGAAAGUGAAAGGAGAAUAUAGAACUCGUGGUGCAAAACGACAAACUGCAACUAGAACUUUGCGUGUCCUGGUCAUGCAUGGCCAUAUUCCAAACUACAGGCGACUCCCCGACAAAUCUCAACCGGCUUUACGAGCCCGCAGCGCAUUUUUCCUUUCCCGCCAGCGGCACCAACACCGCUUCCGGCGCGUCUUCUGCCAGCGCCAGCAACUCAGCAGCCGGCGGGCAGGGCGGCAAGCAGGACAUUGUGCAGCCGGUGUCGGUGUACCUCUGUCUCUCCGCGCACGUGUGCAAAAUCACGUUGUACACGGAGCAAGCCUACCUUCUGUACCAGAAGCAGGAGCAGAAGAAAAAAUUUGAAGAUUUGAUGAUCCUCGCCGGAACGAUGAACGACGAAGUGCUCGUUUCGCAGGCGUUGGAAGUGAUCCACAACGUGUUAUGCACUGCAAAUAUGUCUGAGUCUGGAACAUGGAAACUUGUCAUGCCAGAUCUGGAUCAUGCAAAAAUCUGUGUUGCAGGAUUACCAAAAGCUGGCCACUUUUGACCAAGUUGACAGGGGAUUUCUCAUGCAGAAUAGGCAACAUGACAGAGGUCUGAUAGUAUCUGUCCUGCAAGGUUCUGCAUUCCAGACCUCAUGCGUCAUGUACCACAUGCAUCACAAGUUUGCAUUUUUCCAGACCCAGACAUUUUUGAAAUAGAUACGUGUGGCCGCACGACAAAUCCUCCGCCAGCGGGAGCAGUCUGUCGCCAACAUAUGAGCUGCAAAAGUAUCGUACUAGUAUAGAUUGCAUUACAAAUUUCCUGUGCGUGAGAAAUGCAAAUAAAAUCUGUAAUGCGGAUUUAUCUUGACAGAGAAAUUUGUAAUGCGUGGGUGCAAUUACGACGAGUAGUACGAUACUUUUGCAAUGCAUACAACAGUGGUGCACCAAAUUGCCGCGAACGGGAACGCAAGCUUACUGUCCAAGAUGUUCAAGCAGUACCCGCAGUUCAUGAGGUAGUACGAGGAGAUGGUGAUCAUGAAAUUUGUGAUCAUGCUCCAUGUACAUCUGUGUUUGAUCCACUUCUAGUUGUCAUGCGAGAUGCCGUACAAAACCUGAAACAACAUUCAACAGCGCGAUGCUCGUGACCCCGGACAACGGCGGCGCGCUCCCACUGAUGGUGGCGGUGUACCAACAGCAACUGAAAACAGCGGUGCUCCUGCUCCGUGCCUUGGUAGAACUAGUGAAGCACCACGCGAAGGAGAAGAUGGACUACGCGCAGAUGCUGCGGGAGGAUCCGGAGGCAACCGUAACGCCCGCGCAGUUGCCGCCGGUUCUGGAAACGCUCGUCGCGUUCUACCUGAAAGCGCAGCAGAUCGCCAACCCGCUAGCAGGUGUGUCCGCGUCGAAACGCGCAUCGCCAAAAGCGGCGAGGAACAGCGCAAAUCAAUCCGGAACGAGUACUUCUCUGAACACCAGCUCCAUGAACAGUGUGCAGGAAGACGGCAGUAUCCUCGAUCCCUGUGCAGUUUUACCAGAAUUUUGGUACUGCAGCGAUUUUGUUUUGGACAAGUUGGCGCAGGGCACGUACCCAUUGGUACCGCUGGAAGAGGACGAGCAGAUACACGCGACAAGGUUGAGCCAAUUGCAGGAAUUGUGGACGCUCUUUGGGGCGCUGGGAUUCGGUAUUGUUUGAUAGAUGAACUGUAAGUAUGAUUUAUUUGAUUUGUCAUGCAAUUUGUAGUGCAAGAUCAAGAAGGAUUUGAUCUUUAUUUGGUAUUUGUAUUGCACACACUCACACUCCGGCGCACCACGCGACCAAAGGUACCGCCAACAACGACCGCGUUACCCGCGCCGUGCAGCUCGAGCUGCUGCAGCUCGCCACCUAUCAAAUGCAAAUAUGUCUGGGUCGGAGAGGUUGCAAGACUUGUCAUGCAGGUUUUCCAUGACGCGCGAGGUCUGUCAUCCACGACCUAGCAUGACAGAUUCUGUGCGACCUCUAUCAUGCCUGUCCUGCAUGAGAAACUGCCUCUCGGUUAGGUCAGAAGUGGAAAGCUUUUGGCACUCAUGCAACACAGAUUUUUGCAUGAUUCGGAUUUAGCAUGACAAGUUGCAAUCUUCCAGACCCAGACAUUUUUGCAACCCAUACCACCUUCCUCGCGCUGAUCAAAGCCAGAGACAGUUCGAAACGGACGGUAUUGAUGCUGGCGUGCAGGAUGAAAAACCCGGUGCACGAGGGAAUGGUAAAGUUCAUCCUGGAAAAAGUACCCGACUGCGAGCUGAACGCACUGGACCAGUGGAACAAGUCCGCGGUCGACUACGUGAUGGAAUCCAGCAGCACAAGUUCGGCGAAACUGUUGUUAGACUACGGUGCGAAAGACGCGAUGGGCCAGGAUGUGCUGCUCAGAGCAACAUUGGACAACAACGCGCACGUGAUUCAGUUUCUCUUGAGCUACGUGCAGACCACCGGGGCGGCCGGAGGUAGUAAUACUGGAUCGAUGUGAUCUGUGUAGCGUGAUUGUUUGGUUGAAGGUUUCGUUCAUUGAAUAAAACUGAAUCUCAAUUCUGUCCGUACGCAUAAGUAUAUUAUCGAAGCAUACUUAAAAUGGAAAGAAUCAACCAUCUCCCAGAUUCGGACGCCGCUGGUUGGAGCGCGGGCAACGCGUUGUGGCUCCUUCGCCGUGGCGCACAAGCGACGGGCACGUUUUGCACCUGUUUCAUCCCGGCGAAUUGUCAGGAGCUGCGGGUUCGCUACCCGUUGGUGUUCGGCAGAACCUUCCCGAGAAUCAAGUCCCUCGUCCGAGACAGCAACGCGGGCAAGGUGUUAGAGGACUACCGGAAUCUCAACGAAAGGUUAGAACAGGAGCAGAAGGAGCGGGAAGGGAAAAACAUAGGGCUCAUCCCCGUGCCGAAGAACCCGAAGGGGGAGUCUCUCGGUGCAUUAACCGGUCUGGACGGGUUGGACAUCUUCGUUAUCAAUUGCAAAAAUGUCUGGGUCUGGAAAAAUGCAACUUGUAAUGCUGUCUGCGGGUUCUAAAAAUUAAAAUAUCUGUGUUGCAUGAGUAGCAAGAGGACUCAAUUCUUGGCACGCGAAGAGGGCAUUUGUCAUGCGUAGUUAGCAUCAAGAAGCUCUCAAAAAAUCUGUGAUGCUAGCACCAGCAUCACAGACCUGACGGGUCAUGCAAAAUGUGCAUGACAGGCCCCGACUCUUCCAGACCCAGACAAUUUUGCAUUUGAUAUUCGUCGGCCGGGUGCAGUGCUGGAUCUGCAAGAAAACGCACACCGGGUCGGAAUCCUGGGUGGGGCCGGUCGCGUUGCAGCUGAAGUUCGAGGCGAAGAACGACGAGAAGGGCGACGACCUGCUCGCGCAGGCGGACGCCGCGAGGACGGGGACAAGGCCCGCCAGUCGGGGGAACAGUCCGCAGAAAGGGAACAAGCCGGGCACCGCAGAGUCGAACUCACCAAGUCCGAGGAGAAGUACGUCCUUAUUUUGUGCUACAAAUUAUAUGCUUUUCCUGCUUUUGCAUCCAUUUUCGUAUGACAAAUGUUUCCUCGGACCACCCACCCCUCCGGGCUUUAGUUGCACAGUUUGUUUUUAAGCAUGACAAAUGUUUCCACUGAUACAGUUUUCAUCAUCCGCAUGGCAAAAUGAAAUGAAAACGAUCACAUGAAAAGGUAAAUCCCCCGGAGCAGCAGACGAUGGUAGUGACGCUGCACCCACGUUACGGCUUUUCAUGCACCACGCCUGCUGUGUCGGCUUGGAAAACUACCUCAACGAGGAAGCUGCCAGAAGGGAGGCACAGAUACCGAAGGUACUUUAUGUACUUAAGGCUGUUUUUUUAUCAGGAGAUAAUGUGCAGGACCACAAACACAGUGUUUUUCUCGCACUUCUGCCGGACUCGUGAUGUGUAUAGAAGCUGCAACCACAAGUUCUAAAAAAAAAUUCAUCACAGCGUUCCCAAGGCGGUAUCCCGAAAGCCCGCGCGCGGCAGCUGCUCAAGGACGCAAAGUCAUUUGAGCACGAGUUUCGGGAGGUACCAGCGACGGCAACACGGACGUGGAAAACCUCCCGUGGGUUCGAGAACGUCGGGUUAAAGCCGCCGAGCUACGCCGGGGCAUCGGACAACCUUGGGUCGCUCAAGAAGGGGGAGUACACGAUCCGGUGAGCUGCUGUGCUGGGAAGGGAUGGGAAGGCAAGGUACUGUUUUUUUCUGCAAUAAAUGAUUCGAAAUCUUCACAAUUGCUGAUAUUACAACUGUUGCAAGAACCGAUACAACAUCACAACCCAAUUAUUUCUUUCAAUCAGAUACGAAUUCCAAUUCGUUCACAACAUCUAACGAUUUGUCAAGAAACCAAAAGAAAACAAUAGCAACCCUUUUUCGUCGUUGAGAAAGUUUCAGUUAAAGUUGAUUUUCCAAUAGCAGCACCAAAUAAAAGGCUCAGUGAGUGGUCUCGGUUAUAAAAGCAAGAAUAGGCGAACUUCGUUUCACAAAUGACCAAAAAAAUAAAUCCGUUUCUCUAGGACCAGUGUAACACAAAGGUGUUGAUGUAUGAAAAGUGAAGUUUGUUGCACUAGGAAAUGACCAUCAAGUUACGGUAUUCACGCCGCGCCAAGAACGACGACAAGCUAGAACUGGAGCAGGCACCGACGGCCUGCGUGCCAUGUGUGACCGCCGUAAUUUGUUUUUCG